GAGGCUGUGUGUAGAGAGCUGGACUGUGGGGCUCCUGUACAGGUGCUGGGAGCAGCUGCUUUUGACAAAGGAGACACUCAGAUGUGGACACAAGAGAUUCAGUGCAGAGGAAAUGAGUCUCAGAUUCACCACUGUCCAACAUCUCUGCCCCACAAAUACAACUGUUCACAUGAUAAUGAUGUUGGAUUGGUGUGUGCAGACCGUGUGAAUGUGAGGUUGGUUGGUGGUCACAGUCGCUGUGCUGGUAGAGUGGAGAUUUUUCAUAGAGGUCAGUGGGGAACAGUGUGUGAUUUUGGCUGGGAUAUGCCUGAUGCUGAAGUGGUGUGUAGAGAGCUGGACUGUGGAGAACCUGUAGAUGCUGUGGGUGGUGCUUAUUUUGGACCAGGAUCAGGACCGAUCUGGACUAAUCGUAUGAUGUGUACUGGAUCAGAGACUACACUGAAGAACUGUGGAUCAGUCCUGUUGUUUGAUUAUGACUGCAAUCAUGAUACAGAUGCUGGAGUCAUCUGCUCAGGUGAGCUGUUCUAAAAUUUAACCUGUUACAUCACUGUAGAUCCACAUGCCUUAUAUUUUAGUUUCAAAGAUUUAUAUUAAUUCUUUAACACCAAGUGUUGGCAUCACCAAGGUCAUAGGUUCAAUUCUCAGGGAAUGCAUGAACUGAUAAAAUGUUAAUCUUGAAUGGAUCUGUAAGUAGCUUUUUCUGUGUGCAUAAAUGUGUGCCAAAUGCAUAAAAGUACAAUGUAAAUGUAAAUCCAAAUAAUGCAAUGAUUAGUUCUUCAUCAGAAGCUUUUAUUGUACAAGCCCAGUAUCACAAGUGUUUGCCCUUUUUCCUUUCAAAAACGGCAGUAAGUACUUUACACCUUCAGUGUUUGUCUGUGUUGUCUAAAGCCAAG